CCACGAUUCGGGUGGGGGCUGUUGUAUACUGCCAGGGACUGACCACACAGUACCAGUAGUGUGAUAGGGUGACCCAGGGCCCUUUCAGUGCGGCCACCACAGAGACCUCCGUAACCUGCUCGUACAAAUCUUAAACAGCACAGCCAUGCUGCAAAUAUUGAAGCAUGCACGCCUUGUAAGUGGACAAGUCUGUGCACCAUCAAUUAGGUUUCACAUGACAGUGGAGGAUAAAUCAGGAACCAUGUUCAUGCUUAGAAGGUGCCUGGCUUCGGCCGCCUCUGCACGGGUGACUGCUGGCAUGCAGGCUUCGGCAGCUCACUACAGCACAGGCAGCGCCGAGUCGGAGCAUGGGACAGGCCUUCGGCGUCACGUCAUCCUGCUGGGGACUGCCCUUGGUGUGGGUACAGUUAUGGCCCUGGGACUGUAUCAGAACUUACAUCAGGUGUCUCAAGCCAAGGAAAAGGCAGCCCUGAUGCCCAGCCGCUCAGAUGCAGAGAUGCCUGUGAAAGCCAUCGAAUCGGUCGCAGUGACAGAGCUGCCGAUCUACACAGAGGCGGAGGUGGCCAAGCACCGCACUCCCGCGGACAAGAUCUGGGUGUCGUACAAGGGUGGUGUGUAUGACAUCACCGCCUUCGUGGAGCUGCACCCGGGCGGGGACAAGAUUCUGCUGGCGGCCGGCGGGGCCUUGGAGCCGUUCUGGGCCAUGUACGCCGUUCACAACAACGAACACGUGCUGGAGAUCCUGGAGGAGUACCGCAUCGGCCGCUUGGACCAGAGCUCCGUUACGGUGGCGUCUUUGGACCUCUCUGACCCGUACUCAACUGAUCCUGCGCGACUACCGAUUCUCCGAAUCAACAGCCUCAAGCCCUUCAACGCCGAGCCGCCGUCGCAGCUGCUGGCGGACACGUACCUCACCCCGAACGCGAUCUUCUUCAAGCGCAACCACCUGCCGGUGCCCGUAAUCGACCCAGAGACGUAUCGCCUCGAGAUUCAAGGGCUUGGCAUGAAGAAGCCCAUCAGCCUCUCGCUGCACGACCUGAAGAGCAAAUUCAAGAAGCACGAGGUGGUCGCCACGCUUCAGUGCGCGGGAAACCGCCGUACGGAGAUGAACCGCGUGCGGCAAGUGAAGGGCCUGGAGUGGGGCAUAGCGGCCAUCGGGACGGCUCGCUGGGGUGGGGUGCUUCUGCGCGAUGUGCUGCUCUAUGCCGGUGUGAAAGAAGAUCAGCUUCCACAGAACGGGCAUGUGCAAUUUGAGGGCCUGGACAAGGACGUGACUGGCAGUGCGUACGGGGCGUCUGUGCCGCUGCACAAGGCCCUGGACCGCCGUGCCGACGUUCUGCUUGCCUACGAGAUGAACGGCGAGGAGCUUCCCCGCGAUCACGGCUUCCCGCUGCGCGCCAUCGUGCCCGGCAUCGUGGGCGCCCGCAACGUCAAAUGGCUGGGCCGCGUGCUGCUCAGUCAUGAUGAGAGCCUCAGCCACUGGCAGCAGAACGACUACAAGGGCUUCUCACCUUCCGUCGACUGGGACACCGUUGACUACAAAACUGCCCCAGCCAUACAGGAGCUCCCGGUGCAGUCGGCCAUCACGGAGCCUGUGGAUGGCACGGAGCUGACGGAGAAUGCGGAUGAGGUGACGGUGCGCGGAUAUGCAUGGAGCGGCGGCGGGCGCAGCGUGGUGCGUGUGGACGUGUCGCUGGACGGCGGACGCACGUGGCAGACGGCGGAGGCUGCUGCCCCCUCCAACGACUCGGGACCGCAGGACGAGGGUCGCGCGUGGGCCUGGAAGCUGUGGAGCCUGACGGCACCCAUCCCGAACGGGCAGCGCAACCUGGAGAUCGUCUGCAAGGCGGUGGACAGCACUUACAAUGUGCAGCCCGACUCAUUUGCACCCAUCUGGAACCUGCGUGGCGUGCUGGCCACCGCUUGGCACAGGGUUAAUGUCAAGGUGCCGAGUAACGAGAAGAAAUGAGGUACCCCCCAGACAAGGGUAUCUGCGCUUGGCUUUCAUUCAAUAAAAAGUCAACGUUUUCUUCCUUGCUCAUGCGAGUAGGGGGACGGGCUUGUCUCCACUGGCAGUCCUUGUGAGGCAGUGGUGGAAAUUCCAUAUUCUUAUGGUAGGGGUCAUUUCCUCCAUAGGAUAGUCACUGUUGAUUUCCAUAUAGUGAUGCUCAUUGCAAGCUGCAAACAAGGUGUGUGUGACAAAAGGAAAGUAUGAAUGAGUUACUCAUAGAGCUAUAGCUUUGUUAGGGAUAUUGGCUUUUGUUCCCCUUUAAUAAGGUGCAGAUGAAUAAGCUCAUUAAGCUAUGCUUGAAAUUCCUAAAAUCAGUUGCAACGCACAGUGCAGAGCCUGGUUCUUUAAAUUUGUGCAAAUGAUAAACCACGCAUAAUUGUUUUUUGUUACACUUUAGUGUGAACGAUUAUAUAUAGUGUGAAUGAUUGGUAUUUAAGUGUUUACACCAAACAAGCUAAUCAUGUUUAGUCAAUUAUCUACUGAUUUAAGUAAAUAGCAAAGAACACCUCAAUGGAUGUGCUAGGAUCGCUCUUAAAUUACAACUAGGAUUUAUAUAGCAUCCAAAUUCAGCCACAUCGCGACACACAUUUCAGGAUGCUGUAAGCAUUUAAAUACAUUUGAUUCAUAAGGUGCAAUAGAAAAUAAUUAUCACAAAAAUAAUGUAAUGUAAAUGUAACAUAUAUUUACGCGAUCUAACCCAAAAAAAAUCUCUUAAGGAUAUUGGUCGCGAAAGCCAACGUGUUAAAAAUAUUGAUGUAUUAUACAUGUAUUCUUUUUUCACAACCUACAAUUCUGGCAUUCCAUUGGCAAUCUUAAGGUGUAUACUUCUGAUCAAAUACACAUUGGCCUCUUGUUAUUUCCAUUUAACCCAAUUUCCAUUUUCUUAAAAACUCGUUAAUUGUUAUAGAGUAAAGUGUGGUUAUCUUUUCACCUCUUGUGGCCUAUCUACUGUCUAUAAAUAAAAUAUAUUCAUUCAAAGAAGCAGACCUGCUAAUAGCAUUGCAGUUACGUGCCUGACUGUGUAUUGCAGCUUGGUAAACACUUUGGCGCAGUGUAAGCAGUCAAGACGUAGUCCAUUAAUGUACCACAGCUUAAAUAUUGAUUUGAGCGUUCUUAUAAAUAGAUACUGCCUACAUUUUAAGAUGAUCAAAUUUGGUUCAAUUGACCUGGCAUACAUUGACCCACACGUGCAAAGAUAUUGAACGUCUACAAACAUGACGGCAGGAACUUCAUGAGCAGCCUUAUCACAAGAAUGUAAUGAGCAUUGAAUUUUCACAGCCAUGCAAUUAAUGUUGCAUCAGUGAUAACAAUGAGACAUUCUACCCACGAAAGUGUUUUUAGGUUGUACGUUCGGUGCGUGUUGUAGGUAGUCAAGUGUCAUUGUCCAUGUUGGAGGAGGGCAUGGCAAAGAAUGCCAAUUGAGGUUUGCCAACCUCUGUCAGUGUUGAUGAAUGUCAAAUUCCAACCUUGAAUGCCUUGAUAAUUUGACUCAAACGCGAUCUUUCAUAUAAACCCCCUCCUAAUCCUCGACACCUCUCCCCCAUUUCUCCGUGUACAUCUCUUAACUCUUUGAUACUAUUUUAUUCCGGGGAUCUUAGGAAUGUUCCUUCCUCGGGAAUCGUGGCAGAGCAGGUGUAUUGAGUGUUGUAUUUGCGUUGGAGGAAACCAGAGUGUGAGAAGAUCCAUGCAAAAUAAAGGGACAACAGAUACGUCAUCAACCUGUCUUAAUACAGUACGUGUGCUAAUAUAGCAAAGCGUUGUAGCUAAAUCUGCAGCGAAUGAUGAAAUGUGACUCGCGGAAGUAAUUAUUCGCAGUGUUUUUUUUCUGGUAUGUAGUUUGUGUUGUCUGCUGUGUAGUCUGACAUAGUGAAUGUGCAUUUAAGGGCGUGUUUAAUACACUUAAUAUUUUUACGGAUAAUGCCGAUAUGGACACAUUUCUUUAGUCCUUUGCCAGACUUUCGAAUACGUGUGAUAUAGUAUAUUGAACAUUUAAUCAGUUUAGAUCAACUAAUGUUAAAUACUCAAAUUGAUUAUCCCCGGAUCACGAGAGAUGGGGAUUGCAUGUGGGGGUCUUUAUAUAGCAAUGGAUAGAGAGUGGCUAAUGAUGAUGAAGAUGACGAAACAUUUACUGGAAAGGCUGAAGCCUAUUCAUUUUUUCAAUCAUGAUUAUGAAGAGAUGAAUAAUAAUGCAUAUCAAUCAAUCUUAAUUUUAUGUGCCAAUAUCGCCCUUCAGUAAAGUUGGCAUCAGUGCACAUUACAGCGGAACGGGAACGGUACGGGGGCAUAGAGCAGCAGGAAUGAAAAAAAAGAAACCCGUCGUGACCGCAGCGGCUAACAUUGACUGAGCAAAGUUAAUUGCAACCGCGCGCAAAAUAAAGUGCAAUCGUGCACAACGAAUAGCAUAUGAUAAUGAUAACAUGGAGGUGAUAAGUAUGAUGUUUAGCUACUACUUUUGGCACAUUUCCGCCGAUGCCGUCACAGCAGCAAGGUGCAGCACAUAACACAUACACCACACCUCUUCCGCAUCUUCCUAUUGUUUUAUUGUGCUAAGAGGAAGUACCUGGAAUUACCUGCCAGCAAGUGAGAAACUCUUCCUAUUCUCGGAAAAUUAUCAAUAAAGAGGCCUCCUGUGGCAGGUUCAUCUGUUCUGCGACGGUCUGAGGGUGAAAUGUCAUAUUGCAGAUGAUUAAUGCUGCUGCUGCUGUCUGACUCGGCCCGAUCACACAUGCUAAAUACUUAUAUUUGCUAUUUACUUUUUGUGGAUAAAAUGAUUUAUUUUCUCAGAUAACAGGAUGAGAAAUCAUCUUGUCCACAAGGUGUUUUUUCUGUAAGCAGCACACUCGUUCUUUAUGCAUAAGGAAUUUCAGUGUAACCUAAAGGGUAUGUUAAUGUGUAAGCUAUAGACGUUAAGGCUGUAUGGGGGAUCUUUGUUUUCAAAUGUUUAAUGUGCACAAACUAAUAUACUUAUUACAACUCUUGGCGAACGCUAACCGAUUCUAAUACCUGUUGAUUUUACGGAAUUAUAUUUUGCAACUAUAUUAGAAGCGGUACAUCGGUUUAUUGACAUUUCAUUGUCAUCAGUGUGUGUAUACAUUUUUGUUAUAAUUUAGUGCCACCAAUAAUAUGAACACCAGGCCAGUGUUGUAGAAGAAAAGCUAUUGAAUUGCUGUGGCUCGGUAAUUACUGUCCAGCUUGCCACAUCGUAGACUAUUGAGGUAUAUUAUAUUUAAUUUAACUCUGCAAACAAAACAUUUACUUCACAGCAAACCUGCACAAUGAAGCAACGUAACAUGUUUUGCGUAUAAAGCACAGCGUACAGAUUAUAAAUUAAAAUUUUGUUGAAAAAAUGAAUUAUUGAUUAAGCUCCAUGAUAUGCCUUUCACACGCUUAUUUUGGAAAUAAAAUGGAAAGAAAUCUA